AAUUAAACAAAAUUUAAAUUUCCAAGUUACAGCAUGGGCGACAAGAUACAUCGUGUGGUGGUGGCGCUAACAGACGCCGCACAGAAAUCGCCGACGAGCAAAGCGAAUGCAUCGGGAAUUGAUCGGGACAUUAGAAUAUUGGAUCGGAACUCCAUGCUGCUACGCCUGCCUGUACAGGAAAGCAAAGCUUCCUUUCAACCACGCUACUUUCAGCAGCUGGAGUUCGAUUCCGUGGGCUUUGAUUCCGAGAAACACAUUCGUGCCGAGUUUGGCGAGCUUAUGACGCAAAUGUUCAAACGCCUAUGCAAUGGCUGUCUACUGCGUCUGACGCCUUGGCGGGCAUACAAUCUGAAGCUAUUGACGCGCCUGUUGGUUACCGAGGUGGACAAGCUGUUGCUGGCAUUGAACUAUCGUCUGCUUGGCAUCCAAGUGGAGUACUUUGAUGUGCGCAAGUUCGACAUGGUGAACCUGCUGAUCUCAAGCAGCAAACAGCAGCCACAAGUACGGAAGCUGAACAACACCAGUGAGCUGUUCCAAUGGCUGCACAACGAGUACAUAGGACUGCGUGGACGCAUUACAGGCGAUGAUUACAUGAGCAUAGAGUUUAGGCUGUGCUCAAACUCGCGGCAGCAGCAGCACAAACUGCAACUGUCCAUCUUCAACAUCUUUGACUGCCAUGCACGCAAGGAUCUGAGUGAGUUCUUCAAAGCUCUGCCGGGGGGCAGGUCCAGUCAAGGGUCGCUCUUGACUGACGUCAUCAAAGAGUCCUUUGACCGCAAGCGCAACAUCUACACCUUGGUGCUGUGCGAGAUGCCCGGCAACAAAGCCUAUACACCGCCGAUUCAGCGUUUUCUAAGCUUGGCCGACAUGGCCUAUUUAAGCAUCAAAGCGCUGGACAACAAGUGCAAUUCACAGCUUAAGCUGGUGGAAUCAUUGCCACAGCUGCCAGCGAAACCGAAAGGCGCCUUGAAGCAACAGCCACGCUUGACUCGCAAAUCCGAGUCCUUCACAAUGUGCCCAACAAGAGUGGAACUCUCGCAGCAACAUCUGAGCAGACUGUCCUACUGGUAUAAGCGCAUUGACAAGGUCUAUGCAGGGGUUAGGCUUGCCAUGGAGGAGUAUUAUAAUACUUUAUACUGUCAGCGCGUAUUGGAUAUCUGUCGACUGGAUCAGCCCGGCGGAGGCAGUCAAAGCGGUCAAAGCGGGGGCGACUGUGAGAAUCCCAAAAAUAAAAAUUCGGCAGCAGCUACCAAUUUUCAAGAGCAACUCAGUCUAUUGAGCUAUUUAGAGGAGGAGGUGACGCACACCAGUUUCGCCUGCACCUUGGCAGUCUACAUGAAUACCAAGCAUCAUGAGCUACUCAAGGAGGAGGAGGCACUACAGAAACGGCAGGUUGACAAUUUGGGCAACCUAAAGCCCGAGAGCGAAGCGUCACUUGAAAAUUAAAGCCAAGUCAGAGCGUGCACUGCUUACUUUCUGUAGAGAAUAUUGCAUUUAGUAAGCAGCUCAAGCUGUGAUUUGAUUUAUGCCAUUUGUUUCUAAUUGUAAUCUACAUUAGUAAAACGCAGUUCGGUUUGGGUAUACAUAUACACAUAUAUAAUAUACA